AUGGCUAUUCUCUUGCGAGGCGCUGUUUCUUCUCGCUGGUGGUGUGGUUCUCUGCUGACCGCGCGAGCUGCAAAAGUCAGGAAUGCUAGCUGUCGCUAUAACUCGUCUAUAUCUGCGGCCUCUCUCCAUUCGGUCUCAUCCGGAAUACCCCCACCGUUGAAGGGUAUCAAAAUCGUCGACCUCACUCGAGUUCUUGCAGGCCCGACAGCUACCAUGCUUCUUGCUGAUCUAGGGGCCGAUGUUAUCAAGAUCGAAGAGCCUGUGAAGGGUGAUGAUACUCGUGCCUGGAGCCCGCCGUUUGCGCCGAUUCCCGAUGGGUCGCCCAAACCCGACUUACCGCCGGAGUCAGCGUACUUUCUUUGUGUCAAUCGCAACAAACGAUCCUGUGGGAUUAACUUCAAGCAAUCGGAGGGUCUUGAGAUAGUCCGGAAAUUGAUCAAGGAUGCUGAUAUUCUGGUGGAAAACUAUCUGACUGGAAAGCUGGUAGAAAUGGGUCUCGGAUGGGACGAAUGUCACAAGAUCAAUCCCCGCUUGAUUUACUGCAGCAUAACAGGCUAUGGUCAGACGGGCCCAUAUCGCAAAGCAGCGGGGUACGAUGUUGUGAUCGAAGGCGAAGCCGGCCUGAUGCAUAUAACCGGCGAGCGGGACCGUCCGCCCUGUAAAGUUGGAGUAGCUGUCACCGAUGUCAGCACUGGAUUAUACGCUCAUGGCGCCAUACUGGCUGCGCUGUUAUCUCGACAGCAGACUGGAAAGGGAGUGUGGAUAGACUGCAGCCUGUUCGAUACGCAAAUCGCAGGUCUGGCGAACAUAGCAUCGAAUUACCUCAUUGCAAACAAAGAGGCAUCAAGACAUGGUACACAGCAUCCUUCCAUCGUUCCAUACCAGGUGUUCCCUUGCAAAGAUGGGUUUGUUAUGGUUGGAGCAGGUAAUGACCGUCAGUUCAAGAUUCUUGCCGAGCAGAUUCUUGAACGCCCCGAACUGGCAGAAGAUGAACGGUUUAUCACCAACGGGCUUCGUGUACAGAAUAGAGUUGUCCUCUGUGGGCUGAUUGCGGAUUGCUUGAUGGAAGAGACUCGAGACUACUGGCUUGCUAAGUUUGAUGGGCUCGGCGUGCCGUUUGGCCCAAUCAAUAACAUCCAGCAAACCUUUGAACAUCCUCAGGCUGUUGCGAGGGGGAUUACGGCAGAGGUCGAACAUCCUCGAGCAGGUAAUAUUAAGCUGGUUGCCCCAGCAGUUCAUUACAAUGGCGCGCGGAUGCCCAUUAGCAGGCCGCCGCCGUAUUUGUCACAACACACAGAGGAGAUAUUACAAGAGCUCGGGUAUAGCCAGCAAGCGAUACAGGAGUUACACGAGAAGAAGAUCAUAUCCUGAACCAAAAUAUC